AUGACGGAUCCAUCGACACAUGUGAAUGUCUUGAUUAACAGCAACGUCAAUGAGAAUAAUGGAAAUGACGUAUGUGACGGCGAAGAGAGACUUAUUAAGCCUAGAAAUAAUUUUGCUUCUUACUCCAGUGACGAUGUCAGUAUAAGAUUUCGGAAUGUCAGGAGUAAUAGUCAGGGUAAUAUCUGCAAUAUUGUUGAAAAUCUUUCCCAUCGUCGGUCAGCAAGACUCAAUGCUGAAGAUGUUCCACCAGGAGCUACAAAUUUUCUGUCAGCCAAUUAUGAGAGCCUCGACUAUGAUACCUGUGAAAAUUAUAUUCUCCUGGAUGAGGAAAGGAGAAAGGGAUAUAAAUUCGUGGUUAAGAAAAAUCUAGCCAGAUGGUUCAUAUUUCUACUAAUUGGAAUUUGCACGGCUGUAAUUGCCUGCUUUGUAGAUAUUUCUAUUGAAGAACUAUCCAGUGUGAAAUAUAGUCGUUUAAAGAUAUUUAUGGACGAAUGUGUGUUAAAAAACUGCCUAUGGCUGCCCUUUUUUAUGUGGCUCGCUUUAAAUUUAGUGCCAGUUUUGAUAGGAGCUGUUUUAGUAGCAUAUAUAGAGCCUGUCGCCGCAGGUAGUGGUAUUCCACAAGUAAAAUGCUACCUGAAUGGUAUCAAAGUGCCAAGAGUAGUCAGGAUUAAAACAUUAGCAGUAAAAAUUAUAGGAGUAAUAUGUACAGUAGUUGGAGGACUUGCAGGAGGAAAGGAAGGUCCCAUGAUACAUUCUGGAGCAGUUGUCGCAGCAGGUAUCUCUCAGGGAAAGAGCACAACCUUUCGCAAGGACUUAAGGAUCUUUAAAUACUUUAGGGAAGAUCAUGAGAAACGUGAUUUCGUAUCUGGAGGUGCAGCCUCUGGUGUUUCUGCAGCAUUUGGUGCUCCAAUAGGAGGUGUAUUAUUCAGUAUCGAAGAGGGUACAAGUUUCUUUAACCAAAGCUUAACUUGGAGGACAUUCUUCGCUAGCAUGAUAACAACCUUUACAUUAAAUAUUAUCUUAAGUGCCUAUCAUGGUCACCCAGGGGACCUGUCUUAUCCAGGUUUAUUAAAUUUGGGAAAGUUUGAAACGAUGACCUACAGAGUCUAUGAAAUCCCAUUGUUCAUGAUAGUAGGAAUUAUAGGAGGUCUGCUGGGAUCAAUGUGGAAUUACUUGAAUUACAAAAUCAGCUGCUUCCGUCUAAGAUAUAUAAGAGCUAAGUGGUUGAAGGUGAUAGAAGCUCUGGUAGUAGCUGCAAUGAGUGCUAUUAUGGGGUUCUUGAUGAUUUAUUUUCUUGAUGAUUGCAAACCACUGGGUCAAUCUCCAACAAAAUUUCCAGUACAAAUGUACUGUAAAGAAGGAGAAUACAGUGCAGUGGCAGCUUUGUGGUUUCAAACACCAGAAAGUAGUGUGCGGUCUCUCUUUCAUGAUCCAAAAGGUUCUCAUAAUGACGUAACGUUGGCUGUUUUCGUAAUCCUGUACUUUUUCCUGGCCGCUGCCACAUUCGGUUUGUCCAUGUCCAGUGGACUUUUCAUACCGUCGCUCCUAAUUGGUGCUGCUUGGGGUAGACUUGUUGGAGCAGUAUUUACUAAACUCUGGCCGGCUUGUGAAUUUCUUGAUCCUGGAAAAUAUGCUCUUUUGGGUGCUGCUGCACAACUGGGUGGUGUUGUAAGAAUGACAAUCAGCUUAACAGCUAUUCUCAUUGAAGCGACCCAAGGAAUAUCGUUUGGUCUCCCACUCAUAAUUGUCUUAAUAAUGGCUAAAUGGGUGGGCGAUUUCUUUAACGAAGGAAUUUAUGAUAUUCAUAUUCAAAUGGCUGGAGUACCAUUGUUACCAUGGGAGCCACCACCAUUGUCAAAUAAUAUUUAUGCCAGCGAGAUAAUGAGCCACCCUAUAGUGACUUUGAAAACAGUAGAGAACGUGGGUCAUAUAGUGGAACUAUUAACCUGUGUUACUUUCAAUGGUUUCCCAGUAGUUGAUCCUCCUAGUAGUGACGAGGCUGAGAUAAACUGCUAUGGACGAUUUCGUGGAUUAAUUCUGCGAUCGCAGCUCAUAGUGCUUUUACAAAAUAAAAUUUUUAAUGAGUACAAUGAAUUUUGGGAAACGAUAGAUAUAGAGUUGUUCCGUAAUGAAUAUCCACGAUAUCCAACGAUAAAACAAGUCAAAAUAACAGAGGAAGAGAAAACAUACAUGAUGGACUUAAGACCAUUUAUGAACCCUUCUACAUACACUGUUCAACAUUCCGCAUCAUUGCCACGUGUCUUCAGACUCUUCAGAGCAAUUGGACUUCGUCAUUUGCCAGUAAUAAAUGAUACAAAUGAAGUGGUUGGUAUGAUAACCAGAAAAGAUAUAGCUAAAUACAGAAUAUGGAAACAUCAAGGGAGAAUGGGAUUGGAUGAACUUCUUAUAACCGAUAAACUAUGACAGAAUCUAUUAAGAGAAAUUUUGAUAUAGUAUUCACUAUACUUUGGGUACUUUGCAACUAUUAUUUCGACUAAUGUUUGGUCAUUACAAAGAAUUAAGCUGUUUUCAAUAAGGGUGAUAUAGUUUUUAAUUAAUGAUUAUCAAAAAGAAAAUUUUAACCCACAACAAUUAACUUAAAGAACUCGAAGAGACAAAGUGAAAUAGUCUAACAGAUAUAGACAAAUUUGAGAAUAACAAAUGUUCAAAGCAUACAAAGUUAUAAUAUAUACUAUUUAAUUAUUAACAAAUAACUCCCAACCAAGCCAUGACCAAAGCUUAAAAAAUAAAUACACUGGGACAAUAACCAACGAGAGAAGAAAAUAAUAUUCAGAAGUUGAUAUAUACAUUUUUUUGUAUCCAGAGCUGGUUCUCUCUAUAUAACCGGGUAUUUCUGUGAUCCAGAUGCCAAUGUUAUUUUGUAAAUCCUAAAACAAAAAAUUCAAUACAAACUUCUAUAUUAGAUAAGUAAUACAACAUUGAAUGUAUCCUAAAGUAUACAUUUUUUUUCAUUUAUGCUAAUUGUAUUGUUUACAGACAAUAGGGUUUUAUCUAGCAAUAAACGUGAAAUUCCGUAAUGCCAUUAUCAAAAUGA